AUGGCCAACUAUUUUCAAGGAAGCGCAAACUUUCGUAGAGACUUUAUGGGACCUUUUCUCCCAUCGAAUAGGAACUUGUAUAUCCUUGUUGCUUUUGACUAUGUUUCUAAGUGGGCCGAGGCUAAAGCCUUGCCAACGAAUGAUGCACGUGUUGUCAUUCAUUUUUUGAAACAGCUUUUCUGUAGGUUUAGAGUGCCCAAGGCCUUAAUCAGUGACCGCGGAAGCCAUUUCGCGAAUCACCAACUCGCUAAGGUGCUAAAGAGGUCCAUAGCAGGUUCAUGGAAGAAAAUGGCCAAAAACAACUUAAGAAAGUACAUCGUGAAGUUCGGGGAUGAAUUGGGUCGAAGAUAUAGUGAAAAAGGAUGUUCCACUCCAGCAGAAAACGAAAUCCGUGUAGGACUGGGGAUCAUUCUUGAUAUGGAGUCAUGGUUAGGGAAUUCCAUUUACAGGUGCAUUACUAUGGCGAUAGAUGAUUUUUAUGCUCUACAUCCCGGUUACAAAACCAGAAUAGUUCUUUACGCAAGGGACACUAAGGGAGAUCCGAUUAAAGCUCUGUCUGCUGUAAAUGAUCUUCUGCAAAGCGUGAAAGUGCAAGCCAUCAUGGGUCCAGAAACAAGUCUUCAAUCAAAGUUAUUGGCCUUGUUUGCAGAUGAAGCGAGAGUUCCUAUUUUUUCUUUUGCUGGUGUGUCCUCCUUGGAAUAUCCUUACUUGCUCCAAAUCAAAGAAGACGAAUCCAAUAUGGCUAAAAGCAUUGCUUCCCUUGUGGAAUCGCAUAACCGGAGGAAUGUUACAUUCAUUUAUGAGGACACGGAUGAUGGGAGAGAAAUCUUACCUUAUCUGGUAGAGUCUUUCCAAGAUAAAAACAUCCAAAUCACUGGCAGAUGUGCCAUUUCUACUUCAGCCACGUUUAAUGACAUCACUGAAGAGUUGCGUAAGGUCAUGUCUAUUCACUCGACUAUAAUUGUUGUACAUAUGUCACCUUCACUAGCAUCUAGCUUUUUCUUGAAUGCAAAGAAGUUAGGAAUGAUGAGUGAAGAAUAUGUAUGGAUUUUAACCGAAAAAACAAUUGAUGUCUUGCAAUUAGCAAACUUUGAAGUUAUCGAGUCAUUACAAGGCGUAUUAGGUUUUAGAUCAUAUGUUCCAGUAUCAAGCAGGCUGUAUAACGUAACUGCAAGAUGGCACGUUUUCGUUUACAGAGAUUACUUAACCAAACUAACGAAAGAGGUGCCCACGCCAGCUAUAUGGGCGUAUGACACAAUGUGGGCACUUGCCGAGUCUGUUGAGAAGGCUGGAGUACCACAUAAUGGUCCUUCGCUUUUAAAUGAGGUUUUGAAAAUCAGGUUUAAGGGUUUAAGUGGAGAGUUUCAACUUAGUGAAGGAAAACUGAUCUCUAAUGGAUACGAGAUCAUAUCUGCCAUCAACUACGAUGAGAAGAUAGUAGGAUAUUGGACGCCUUCGGAAGGAAUUAGGAGUGCGCACCUCCCGAUUAAAAGCCUCCAUCAGUAUUAUGGUCCAAGUACUGAAGCUGUUAGCUGGCCGACCACUGUUCCAAGAGGUCGCGUGUUACUUACAUCUCCGAGUAAAAAGUUAAAAAUUGGUGUUCUUAAGGUAAGGAACUUUAAGUACUUCAUGGAUGUAGAACAUGAUGUGAAGAAAAAUGUUACGACUGCCACUGGAUUUUCAAUAGAUGUAUUCAAUACAUGCAUUCGUGCGUUAUCAUAUAAAGUGAGUUACGUACUAAUUUUAUAUGAGAACGCCACUUACGACGAUCUUGUACAGAAGGUCUAUAAUAAGGAAAUAGACGCAGUUGUGGGGGACUCAACAAUCUUGGCUAACAGAUCCAAGUAUGUUGACUUUACAGCAACUUACACUGACUUGGGUGUUGGAACCCUAGCAAGAAUCAAGAAACAUGACAUAUGGUUCUUUUUGAAGCCAUUGGACGGGGAUCUAGCUCUAGUCGCUCUUGGUUCUCUUAUCCUAACUGGCAUCGUUAUUUGGGCUAUUGAAUUUGUUAAUAAACAAGAACAGACACCUCCCAAUCAACAGAACCAAAUCAUCUGGCUCAUGCUAUUGACCCUCUUUUUUUCUCAAAAAGAGGAGCUGAAGAGAAUGCUGUCAAAGUUUGUAUUGUUCAUUUGGUUACUUGCGGUGCUUAUCUUGGUCUCGGGCUACAAUGCAACAUUGUCUUCACUGUUAACAAUAGAGCAAUUUCAAUUUGCUUCAAAAGGGGGAAUUGUGGGAUUUCAUGGCGGAUCUUUCAUGAGAGGAGUGACAGUCAACAACUUGCACUUUGAAAGUAAUAAACAUAGACCAUUCUACUCGUAUGAGGGUUAUGCUCGUGCUCUAUCGAAAGAUGGUGAUGCUGAUGCCAUCGUUGAUGAAAUUCCUUACAUAAAGAUGUUUCUAAACAAGUACCCAGGUGACUAUGACCUGAUCUCCGUUCAACCGAUCACUUCUGGUUUUGCUUUCAUCUUCCCAAAAGGUUCACCAAUGGUACAUGAUUUGUCAAGAGAGAUUGCCAAAAUAAGAUUAGACGGAACACUGGGGAAUUUGGAAAAGAAGUGGUUUGAGAAUCGGUUUCCUAUUCCAUCCCGAAAUUCUACAAAGGAAUCGGCCAUGACGUUUGAUAAAUUUGGUGGUGUAUUUAUUUCUGUUGCUGCUGCUUGGGGUAUCGCCAUUAUCUUAGCUGCACUUUGCUACUUUCUGCCAGCCCGGUAUUUGAACGCAUUUCAAAUAUAGUGAUGAUGGAAAAAUCCCCUAUGUAUGUCCAAUUUAUCAUUUUCAUGUCAAGCUGCAAUACAUUCUUUGGAGAUAUAUUACUAUCCCAUAUAUUCUCUGAUCAUGACUUUAUCAUUUUAGACAAUUAAUGUUCACAGUGUACCUUUUGUAUCCGGAUAAUGUUUCUUAGUCAGUUUCAAGCCUUUU